GAGGAGCUGCGAGGAGCUGCGGGAGCAGAGGAGCGCGGUGCACGGAUGGAUGGACGGACGGAUGGAUGGAUGGCAAAGAUAAAACCAAUGGCGAGUUGUUUACAAAAUGACAGGCUUUUCUUUUUUUCCUUGUUCCGGAAGUAGCGGUUGCGUUGGUUCCAGUGACCAUUUGGAGGCGGAAAACCAGAGCUAGAAUCAUCACAAACAACCAGCUGAUUCCAUCACCAGGGUCGUUACUGCGGUGUGGUUUCUGUUUCACCCAGAAACCUGCUGGAGCCUCAAUGUCCGAGCCCUCCCUCGGCUCUGAGAUGCUGCUGGACCGGGGAGGAGAUGGGAAACAUCGGGCUGGUGAUGAUGAUGAUGAUGGUCUCGUGUUUUCACGUCGCUCUUUCUCCUCCCGAGCUCCUGGACCUGGACAUUAAACGGACUGGGAUUUUCAUGUCGACGUGGAUUUUCGAGAUGGUCGGCAUAGGCUGUUCGUGGAUAAACUAGGAGAUGGAAUAGAGGGCAAGAAGAAAAAAGGAACCAUAUUGUGACGCGCAGGAUUCUUUAGUGAGGGCCAGCAGAAAAUAAGCCACUAUUAGCUCCACCAGGCCGAACCUCCAUUUCAUUUUCCGACUCUUUCACUCUCUCUUUUUUUUCUUCCUUUUUUCGGAUUAUGAUUCUUGACGAGAGCUUCAGAUGUGACGGUGUGGAUGGCAUGUUGUUGUAUUUUACAUCCCAUCCACUGUUCCCUGCCUCUCUGCUGUCCCCCCCCCUCGUCCCCUCCAUCGCAGUGUUCUGCUUCGGGUAGCCAACCAUGUAGGCUCUUUCUGCUCCUCUUUCUGCUUCUCUUUCUGCUGCAAGCCCAGGGAAACAGAGCUGGGGGAUCCUGAGAGCAGAAGAAGAAAAUGGACGGCGGAAAACAGAAACCCGCACAUUGAUGUGUUUAUGGGAGGAGAUGCGAGCUGCAUCCUCACCGUGCUGUUUACUGACUAUUUAGGAAGUGUGUCGGCAGCUGGAAGAGAAAAUCCAGCAUCCGCAUUGACUCACAUGCCAUCAGUGAACCGAGAUAUUUGAUUUCUCUGGAUUUGAUAGUUGUGGGAGGAAAUACCUCAAUAAACAUGAUCAAUCUGGCGUAAUAAUAUUCACAACAAUAAUAAUCACGCGGAUUCUUUAUGUAGCCAAACAUGUUCAAGUACCGGAUCCGCAUGUUUUUUAAUGAACUGAAAGUGCUGGUGUUUAUGCGAUCCGAUUCGAGACAGUCCGGCUCCGACACCGAACGGAGGUCCAGCAGCAUGCGGGGCCUGGGCGGCUGCGGCUGGCCGCCCUUCGACUGCCACUCCCGGGACGACGAGGAGGAGUACUACGGCAGCGCGCCGCGGCCCAGGAGCCUCGCCUUCGAGGACAAGGAGCCGCGGCUGCCCGCGGGGCUGGACGCCGCGUCGCUGGCCAGCAGCGGGAGCCUGCGGAGCCCGCAGUGCCGGAUCUGUUUCCAGGGCCCCGAGCAGGGAGAGCUGCUGAGCCCCUGCCGCUGCGACGGCUCCGUGCGCUGCACACACCAGCCCUGCCUCAUCCGGUGGAUCAGUGAACGCGGCUCCUGGAGCUGCGAGCUCUGCUACUUCAAGUACCAGGUUCUGGCCAUCAGCACCAAGAACCCACUGCAGUGGCAGGCCAUCUCUCUCACAGUGAUUGAAAAGGUGCAGAUAGCUGCCAUCAUUCUGGGUUCCCUUUUCCUCAUCGCCAGCAUUUCAUGGCUCAUCUGGUCCUCCCUCAGCCCUUCAGCCAAAUGGCAGCGUCAGGACCUGCUCUUCCAAAUUUGCUACGGCAUGUAUGGCUUCAUGGAUAUCGUCUGCAUAGGCCUCAUCAUCCAUGAGGGCUCGUCGGUGUAUCGGAUCUUUAAACGAUGGCAGGCGGUCAAUCAGCAGUGGAAAGUACUAAACUAUGAGAAAUCAAAAGACCUGGGUGACCCAGUGAGUUCCAACAACAAGGCCGGCGGCCGCGGCUCUCGCAGCAAUCCUCACGGCCUGGCCGGCAGCAGCGCCGGCCAGCAGAGCAGACGGCUCAGGACUAUUCUCAACCACCACUGUGGAUACACCAUCCUGCAUAUCCUGAGUCAAUUAAGGCCGAACGACCCGGGGAUUAGUGCUGCCAACCGAGAGGUGGUGAUGAGGGUCACCACUGUAUGAGCUAGACAAGGCUUCUGUCAUGGACUAGGCAUUAUCUUUAUGUCUGAAGGAAGUGAAUGCAGGAGCUCAUGAAUCUGAUAUUCUCUCUGACUGAUGUGGGCGACAGGAACCUUGUGAGGAGCGCUGGUGCCUGGAGCAUCAAGAGACUCAACACACAUAUGGAGUUCUCCUCUUGUUUUGUACAACAAAAGGAAGCCAUAUGCUCCUUUUCAAUAAUUAAAAAGAAAACUGAAGAAAAUAAAGAAUGAACCAACAUUAAAAAAAAAGGCAUUUGAACAUGAAAUGUAAGAAGGGACAGAGUGGGUGGUUUUGGGUUGUAAACAGGCUUUAUAACCUGAUCUUACGUGAAAAGAUGUUUUUCCCAGUUCAAUAUCAGGAUGCACAUUUUUGUUUUUUAAUCCUCCUGGUUUAAUAUUUAUUUAUGCUCAAUUUGACUUUGUAUGGAUGUAAGACUUUGUGAGGAGUUAAUGAAACGCCAUACAUGCCAAACGUUUCCAAAUGUUUAUAAACUAUAUGUAAUGAUCUUGACACUUUUUCAAGCCGACCAGUGCUGGUAAAUAGACCGAAAACUGCGACUAAACAAACAUGAGGGAAACUCAGAGAUGACAACAAAACUAUAAUUCAUUACAAGUACAAAAAAAACAACAACCAACAAACAAACAGAAAAAAAAAACUCUUUCAGUUUCACCUAAAACCUUUUUUGCAAUAAUGAUACGUGUGUACAUUUCACAGGAAAUUUUGCAUGGUUAUAUAAUUUUAUUCUUCAUCACAUAACAUAAGCACAUAACAAAUUUGCUCUUUUUUGAAUGGUGCUUGCCAAAAUAAAACUUUAAAACCAUCUGAUUUCAUCGCACCAGUUUUUGUCAACAUGACGAAUGGCAAUGUGUUACAGUUAUUUGAGCUCAAAUACAGAUCGUUGCUGCUGUAUGCUGAUAAAGAUUUGAUAAGUAAACUAGUGUAUUAAAAAUGGAGUCGGAUGAUCUCCUACUUCUUGGCUUACUUUAUUCUGUUCUUUACCCAACGUUUUGCUGAACGCAUGCAAUGUUUGAUUGGACGUGUGGUUGUUUUGUGGUGUUGAAAU